UCUUUUCUAUCCAAUUUGUAAAAUAUUGUUGAACAAUUGGCAAUGAAAAUGUACAUUUUUUUAUUGUUCUUUUUGUCAUCCAUAUUGUUGGCCAGCGGAUUCAAUUUAUUUUCUGUUUUAGGAAGUUUGCCGAUAGAUAAAGGGCAAGUUUGCUAUGAAAAUUUUGGAUGCUACGAUAAAUCCGAAAUAAGUAGUGAAUGGCCAAUAACAAAAAAAUUGAGCUUUUAUCCAGAAUCACCCGAAAAGCAAAAUGUUACAUUCUAUGUAUUUUCCUGCCGAGAUCGAUUCAAUCCGACAAUAAUAAAUUAUAAUGUGACUGAAGAUAAUUUAAAAAAAAUGAAUUAUAAUCCAAAGAAUCGGACAAUAUUCAUUGUACAUGGAUUCACUGAUUAUUAUGAGCAAGUCAAUUGGAUGGGUAAUAUUAAGGAUUACAUAUUAUCGAUGAAACCUUGUCUUUUAAAUGUUAUCAUUGUGGAUUGGCGGGGUGGUUCGAUUGUUAGAAAUUAUUUACAAGCUGUCGCUAACACACGUUUGGUAGGUUUUGUUAUCGCGUCACUUAUCAAAAAAUUGAAUAAAGUUUAUGGAACAACGAAUGAUCAUUUCACAGUCAUGGGACAUAGUUUGGGUGGACAAAUUUCCGGUUUUGUUGGAAAAAAUUUACAACAACCUGAAAAAUUACGUCUUAUAAUUGGCUUAGAUCCGGCAGGACCAGCAUACAGCGAUGUAUCCGAUAAAAGUCGUCUAAAUCCGAAUGAUGCUAAUUUAGUGAUAACUAUUCAAACGAAUGGUGGAGAAAAUGUUGCUAAUGGAUUGGGAAUUUUAAAACCAAGUGGUCAUUAUAGUUUUUUUCCGAAUGGUGGUGAAGAUCAAGAAGGAUGUGAACAGGCACGAGGUAUUACUAAUAUGUUGCUUCGAGGUAUAUCCGUUGGAUUGAGCGAUACAUUUGCAUGUUCACAUCGACGAGCCUAUCAAUUAAUGUCCUUUAAUGAAUCAAAUUUUGAUGAUUUCCAAAGUUUAGCCCAUCGUUGUGAUAAUUACGAAGAUUUCGCUGCCGGUAAAUGUGGUGAAUGUGAAAAACCUGAAGAUUGUAUAAGAUGGGGUGGCUGGUAUGAUUAUUGGCAAGAACAAAAACCACCAAAAAACUGGGAGAAACCAUUAGUGUAUUUCAUUAAGACACGUGGUGAAUUACCGUAUUCAUAUUAUUUUUAUCAAGUUUUAAUAAAAACUUCGGAUAAAUUUGAACCGAUAAAGGCCAAAUUAAAUUUAAUCAUGACCGGUAAUGUACGUUCAGAUUAUUCAGUACAAAUUAGUUUCGAAGCAAAAUUGGAACCAAACCAAACAUAUCCACAUUUGGUUUUUUUGGCAAAAUCAAUUGGAUUAGUAAAAUCAAUCAAUUUGAAAAUUUCCACUGAAACGAAGAAAAAUGCAUAUAUCUAUAUUGAUCACAUAAAAGUCAAUUAUAUGAAUGGUUAUGACGAAAGUAUACGUCAAAAAUUAUCACCUAAAUUAAAACCGGUGUCCGAAAAAGAUGGAAAAAUUAUCAUCAAUAGUCCUGAAGCCACCAGAUUUGAAUACAUCAAUGAACAUUGAAAAUAUCAAGCUUUGCAAGUAUUGCCAUCUAUACUCCACAUCGCGAUUUAGCAGACUUUGAAUUUGAAUUUGUAAUUGUAAAUCCAAAUAAAAAUAUAGUUCACGAAAAACC